UUUUUUCUUAUUUCACCUCCUUAUAUAUUUUGUACAUGUCACGGUUUUACUGGGAGACACCUUUUCUAUCACCAUUUCUCAACAUGGAGCAUAAACCGCAAUUAAAACGAACAAGAUCAACAGAGGCGAUGGACAGAAACGUAAAACGGCCCAAAGCAUACGAAGAAGCCAAAUCCACUCCUCCUGCUAAUACUGAAGCGAUAUUAUACCCCACUGUCUUACCUACACAUACCCCUCUGCUAAAGCCUAUCUCAAUAUCCACUAGGACACACACACCAGCGACUGGUUAUGCAACUACGCACGCACCUGUCAUGAGCUACGAAGGGAUCAACGGUCUACUUCACUCUGUCCAUAUCGAGCGAUUUGGCGAUCCAGAUACUCGGUUACAAGAUGAGGAGAUGACGGAUACACUAGUAGACAAUCAGGAAUACAAUAAUAUGAAUUCGGUGUUGCGACAAGCUUUUUUACAGCGACAUUAAAACCCCAUUUGGACAAUAACUUCUUACCCAAUAUCUCUUGCUCUGUGUGUGUGAAACACGUGCUAAACUUCUGUACAUAAAAAAAGGAAUAAAACAGUAAAAAUAAAAAAAUACUCAGCU